GUCCCUUGAACCCUCCAAAGCUUCCUCUCAGCUCUGCCACAGAGACAUAACCGCGGUGGUUUAUGCUGUUUCUAGUUUAUUUUAUUCUUAUUGGGUCAUGCUUUGUUUUUUCAUUCUUGCUACACAUUGAUAUGCCCCUUUUGUUGAGUUUACCGUUUCAGGUUCACUCUUGUCUUCACAAGCUUUGUUUUUUUCCCUUUCUCAGUGCCCCUACCCAUGCCAAUGCUUAUGUGAGAAUGCGUCAGAGCUACUUUAGCAUUGUUUUCUUGUCACAAUCCAAAUACUCAAUUGGGUCAACAGGGUUUCAUGAGUCCACGCCACUGUCCAAGGACACUGUUCCUCCUGUUGUUGGCUUUGGUCUGUGUCAAGAAGAAGAAUUUCAUGAUACCACCCCUUUUAUGUCCAAGAAGGAAUUGCCUCCUUGGGGAGAAGUAGAGUUGGAAGAUGGGGGUGAUGAUGUUGAAGGAAGAGAAAAAUUUGAUACAUCUUUAGUGUCCAAGGAGGAAUUGCAUUAUUGGGAAGAAGUAGAACUGGAAGAAGAAGAAGAAGAAGAUGAUGAUGAUGAUGAUGAUGAUGAAAGAAUAGGUGUUAAUGCAUAUUUUGUGGCCAAGAAGGAAUUGCCUCCCUGGGGAGAAGCAGAAGAUGAUGGACACCGUGAUUCUAGGUCUGUUGAAACUACUUUAUCAGUUUCAGAGAGGAUGGGGCUAAUGAAUGAGCAUGGAGCACUUUUUCUGGAGGAAUUGGAUGAGAAUGUGCUGUCUAAUAGGAUUUUGGUGCUUAGCAGAACUAACAAGAUUAGAAGUGCAAUGGAGUAUUUUAGGUCGAUGGAAUUAUCGGGUCUUUCUCCAAGUAUCCAUGCUUGUAAUUCUCUUAUUUCUAGCCUUUUGAGAAAUGGGUGGUUUGAUGAUUGCUUCAAAGUGUUCAAUUUUACAAGAGCAAAAAGGAUAACUACAGGGCAUACUUAUAGCUUGAUUCUUAUGGCACAUGCAAAAGCUCGUGGUUGCGAUUCAGCCAUUAGAUUCUUCAGAGAACUAGAAAGUGAAUGUGAUGUGGAGAAGGAUUUUGAUGCAAUUGUUUACAACACCAUGAUAUCUAUCUGCAGAAACAUUGACAAUUGGAGUGAAAUAGAGAAGUUGUGGAGGAGUAUGAAGGCAAAUGGAUGUGUUGGAACACGUGUCACUUAUAACCUUCUAAUCAAUAGUUUCAUACGAUGCGACCAACGUGAUCUUGCUCUUCAUGCCUACCAUGAAAUGGUUCAAAAUGGAUUUGAACCAGACAGCAAUACAUUGAAUGCUAUCAUUAGUGUAUGUGCUAAGGAGGGAAAAUGGGAUGUUGCAUUAAGUGUAUUUAUGAAAAUGUUGAAGGGUGAGCAUAAGCCAAACUUAGUGGCAUGCAAUGCAUUGAUUAACUCACUGGGAAGAGCAGGGGAGCUCAAGCAAGCAUUUGAUGUCUACAACACGAUGAAAUCAUUAGACCAUAAACCAGAUGCAUAUACAUUCAAUGCUCUACUGAGUGCUCUUAACAAGGCUGACAGGCAUCACCAAGCUCUUGAGCUUUUUGAGAUGAUUGAAAAAGAUCCAACGUUUCAAUUCAAUAUACAUUUAUACAAUACUGUUUUAAUGUCUUGCUCAAAGCUUAGGUUGUGGGAUAGAGCUAUAGAAAUUUUGUGGCAGAUGGAAGCUUCUGGACUGUCUGAUUUGACAAUGUCAUAUAAUCUUGUUAUCAGGACCUGUGAGCUUGCUAGGAAGCCAUCAGUUGCACUGCAGGUGUACAAGCACAUGAUUCCCCAAAAGUGCAGUCCAAACAUAUUUACUUAUCUUUCCGUGAUUAGAUGCUGUGUUCGUGGAGAUCUCUGGGAAGAAUUAGAAAAAAUCCUAAAUCAGACCAAGCCAAAUGCCACUCUUUAUAACGCUGCCCUUCAAGGGCUGUGCUUACGAGGCAAUGUUAACUUGGCAAAUAAGGUCUACACAAAAAUGCUAGAAAAUGGUCUUCAACCUGAUGUCAGAACACAAGUACUUAAGCUCCGUAUGAUGAGGAAAAGGAAAUAGCUGGUAGUCUAUUAAUUGGUAUAACCAACACAACAGUUUUGACCAUAAGGAGGAGAAUAUCAUAAUCAUAGUCAGUUGAAUCGAGGCACCGAUUGAAUAAUAAAUAGUUCUUUUUUUGGGUCUUGGGAGAGUGAAUAGCAGACUAAAAUGUUGGUGUAAGUCAGUAACAACUGUAUAGUCUAAAGUUAUCAUCUACCCUCUUUUCUUUCUUUCUUUCUUUCUUCCUUUGGUACCGAGGUAUGUAAAGAAUCUUCUUGUUUGAUAUGUAUGUAAAUGAUAUAAAUGCCCAUGUCUUGUACAUUUUCUUCCUGUUAUAUUCAAGAGUUCAAGUAAA